AUGCUCCUGAGCAGGUGCGCCUUCUUCCUGUGGCCGGCCCUCGCGGUCGUGGCCGUCGAGCCCUACCUGGGCACGCGCAUCGGCAAGCUCAACACACAUUUCCACGGUGUCUCCGGCGAGGUGUACGCCGUGGACGAGAAGACGCUCUACCUCAAGGAUUUUCACUACGACGGCACGGGCCCAGACGCCUACUUCUGGGCUGGGUCGACAACGCGGCCGGACCACACCGGCUUCAUAAUCCCGGACGAGCAGGGCAGGAGUCAGCCGCUGGGAGCCUAUCACGGCCGAGACUUGGUGCUGCGACUGCCGGGCGAUCAGACGCUGCGUAAGAUUCGCUGGUUCGCAGUCUGGUGUAGAAAGUUCAGGGCCAACUUCGGAGAUCUAAUCAUCCCGCGGAGCCUGGACAUCCCCAAGGCGGCAACAUUGAAGGCUCUGCCGACCUGGGACCAUGGAGUGUCUUCUGGACGCGUAUCCCUGCUAGACGCGCAGACGUUUCUCGUACCAGACUUCAAGUACGACGGCCUCGGGCCCGCGGCCUACUGGUGGGUGUCCAAGGGCCCCAAGCAGCACCGCGGCGGCACGCGGCUGCUUGACGAGAACGGCAGUGACGCGCCCUUGGCACCGGCCACGGGCAAGACAGUCGUCAUCUCGCUGCCCGACGGCGUGAGCGCCUACGACUUCGACCGCUUCGGCGUCUGGUGCGACUUGGCCGAAGUGGACUUCGGUAGCGUCGCCAUACCACACGAGCUGCGUGUUCCGCCUUCUGCCCGGCAGCUGGCUUUAGCCAUAGGGCAGCAUCAGGUGCCGCAUAAGCACCCUCAGGGGACUGCUGGUCGCAACGUCAGCGGACUUAACUGCGAGGUGCUCCACGAGCCACUGGGGCUCGAAUUCCGCUGGGUUUUGGACAACGACGAGGCGAUCAUGCAGAUAGUGGGGCGCGUUCGGGGCGGCGAGUACAUGUCUUUUGGCUUAAGCAAGGAUGACGCCAAAUCAAACAUGGUGGACGCCGACGCCGUGGUUGCCUGGAUCGAUGGUGCCGGACAAGGCCACGCCGUUGACUACUUCCUCGCCAGCAAAGAGCAGUGCGUUGGAACACGCGGAAGCUGCCCCGACACCAAGCUCGACCGCGCCGCACGUUCCAGCGUGACCCUCAUGGACGCGGCCACCGUAAAUGGGUACCACAUGGUCACCUUCAAGAGGGCUCAGGCUGCUCAGGACCCCGCCUACGACCAGCACAUCUACUCGGACGGUCCGCAGGCGGUUAUGUGGGCGGUGGGUCCUAUCAACGACCGCGCAGAUGCAUCGUACCAUAGUCUGCGCAGUCAAGGGGAUGUCUUUUUAGACUUCGGGCGUCAGCCCUCCUGGAACUGCCCGUCACCGGACGAGGAAGCGCCCAAAGAAAGGGGUGCGACUGCCACUGAGCCGCCACUGUCGGCUGAGGAUUCCUGGCAGAUUCCGGCAGUGGUGUGCCCCGAGGACAGGACUUUCCGAAUGCAGAUCGGUCCCGCGGGCGGCCGCAAGGGAUACCAGGCGAUCACUGGCCACGUGGGCUGGGGCAUCGCCUGGUAUGUGAAUGGCUUGCUCAUUCCAGAGCUGUGGGUGGAGCGUGGUAAGACGUACACGUUCGUCGUUGAGGGUGGCAAUGACCCGGAGAAUUCGGCCAAGAAUCACCCGCUCUACAUCACCUCGGAUCCCGGAGGCGGCUACGAGCAUAAGUCGACUGCUGAUCGUAAAGUGGAGCGCCUGUUUGCGGGGGUGGGCCGCCACAAAAAUAACAAGCCCUAUCCUACUGCCGCGGGACGCCUCUGUGAGUGGCAGUUACCCCUGGGUGAGCUGCCGGACCGGUGGCCGACCUUCGAGCAGUUUCGCGAGCGCCUGACUCUGCAGUGCCGGCCCGGAGCUGCCGCCUACAUGCAGUGGACUCCCGAUCGGAGUACCCCAGACCUGGUUCACUAUCAGUGCUACACCCACAGGCACUUGGGAUGGAAGAUCCACGUGGUGGACUCGUGCGGAGCGCCAGGGACCAACGCCACCACGCACGGGUUCCGGGUGGCGGGCUGA